AUGUUCGCCGGAAUCUCCGACCCACUUGAGUUAGCAGCUCCUAUCAUCAUAAAGGCAAAGGUCCACCUUCGUGAAUUAAUCGUCAAGGGGCUUAAGUGGUCCGAACCAGUGAAAGUAGCCGAUCGAGCGUGGUGGGAGUCAUGGUUCCACAUCGUGCAAAAAUUGGCCCAUGUAUCCAUUGAACGCUGUUUAUUUCCGGAAGAAGAUGAUAUCGUCAAGUCUCAGCUUCACACGUUUGGAGAUGCUUCGGAGGAGGCCUACGCCACGGUGGUGUACGUCCGUAACCAAUACCGCUGCGGUAAAAUCAUUGUCAGAAUUGUGAAGGCAAGCAGUAAGAUGGCCCCAAAGAAGAGUCUGUCGGUGCCAAAAUUGGAGCUGAAUGCCGCUUUAUUGUCUUCCCGUGUCGCCGCUGCCGUCCAGAACUGUCUCAUUCAUCCAAUCAGCUGCAGAUAUUUCUGGAUGGACUCCAGUACUGUCCGUAAUUGGAUAAGAGCCACCGCCUCGUUUUACCAAAUCUUCGUCGCCAACCGAGUAGGGGAGAUACAGACGUUAACGGAGAGCGACGAAUGGCGUUUUAUUCCCGGCAAACUAAACCCCGCGGACGCUGCUACCCGUUCCUCCAUCGGAGAAGAUGUCUGGCCAAGGAUCUGGCAAGACGGCCUGGAAUUUCUACUACAACCGGAAUCCACCUGGCCCACGGAUCUUCCUUGGAUUACCGCGACAGCAGAACUGAAAGCCACCAAAUCGCAUCACGUCCAGACCACCCCAGAUCCGUUUGAUUGGUCAGCAGUCAGUUUGGACCAUUCUAACAUUUCAUCUUUCUUGAAAUUAGAAGGAGAAACGAAGAACCUCCUCAAACGAUGUCAAUCAGAAGCCUUUCCGGAAGAUCUCACUCGUCUUAAGCGAGGAAAGCCCCUUCGUUCCUCUUCCCAUCUGUCGGUCUUAAGUCUGAAGCUCGGCGAGGAUGGAAUCUUACGUCUAGGCGGCCGUAUUGAUAGAGCGAAGCUGCCAUACGAUGCCCGUCAUCCUCCGUUACUUCCCAGCAAGCACCCGCUCACGGAGAAAAUAGUCGAAGUUGUGCAUGGUCAGAUGCAUCACGCCGGAACGGAUUAUUUAUUCGCCAAAUUGUGUCAACAUUUCUGGAUCAUUCGCUGGCGAGAGCUGGUCAAGAAAGUGCGUCGAAUGUGCCCAACGUGCAUCAAGGAUAGAGCGGUCCCAGCUGCUCAACUGAUGGGCGAUCUACCAGCCGUGCGACUUGAUUCUUAUUCCCCGCCUUUCUUCCACACCUCCGUUGACUAUUUCGGCCCUAUAGAGACGAGUCCUGGACGGAACAGAGUGACAAAGCGGUACGGUGCACUCUUCACUUGUCUGACGACAAGAGCUGUACAUGUAGAAUUAGCUGAGUCCCUAUCAUCUGAGGAUUUUCUGCUGGUCUUUCGUCGAUUCAUCGGUCUUUUCGGUAAACCUGCCACUGUCCAAUCCGACAAUGGGACGAACUUCGUCGGAGCGGAGUGUGAGUUGAACGAUCUCCCUCCACGAGCACCGCACUUCGGCGGAGCUCACGAGAGCUUGGUCCGUUCUACAAAACGUGCCCUGUACCAAGCCUUGGAUCUUGAGAAGAAAGCUCUACGCUACCCAACUAACGAGAUGCUGCGGACGCUAUUUGCAGAAAUAGCCGGAUUCCUCAAUUCUCGUCCUCUGACCUACGCUAGUUCGGAUCCGGAAGACUUUCGGCCCUUAACGCCAAACGACUUCUUGAAUCGCCCGCCUACUUCCGACUUACUGCCCGGCGAAUUCAACGACGCUCUGCCCAGAGAGCGAUUCCGCUACGUCCAGAAGACGGCCAAGUUAUUCUGGGAUUUAUGGACUAAACUGUAUCUUCCGACGUUAGUUCCGCGAAAGAAGUGGAAAUCAGCUCAAGAGAAAAUUGCCGUCGGUGACGUCGUCCUUCUACUGGAUCCUAACCAACCGCGCGGUCUCUGGAAAAUCGGCCACGUUAAUCAGGUUUAUCCGGGAGACGACGGACAAGUACGCGUCGUCAAGGUGAGAACGAAAGACGGAAGUACACCCGAGCGAUUCAUCGCCUAA